AUGUGCAUCUGGGAUCUGGCCGUCUUCCAGUGUGGCCACAAUGGCAACUUCACCAGAAGAGAUGGCGGCUGCGCGCUUCCGACCCGAACAUGCGACAGAGAGAUAGGCAACGCUGUCAGACAUCAAAUGCCAUGGAAUUGCGAUGAUUGCGUGCGGCGCCUCCGUCGAGGCAUCCCUUCUCAUCCGGAAGAUAACAUCCAUCCGCUGGAACGCAGCGUUCAGCAGCCGAUGCUCCCCAUGGCGCUACCACCUCAAGCUCAAGCAAUAUCCCGUGGCGCAACAUCCCGAAAGGGCACCUCCCCCACUAGUGACCAACAGGGUGGGGACGCCUAUGACUUCUCCGAGUUCGCACCGUACGCCAACUAUCCGACAACGCUGCCGCAGAAGCGAUAUUCAGGCACCAGCCCCACCAAGAUUAUCAAGCGGCAGAGAAAUUCCCGAAACACAUACUCGAGCGACACACCCAGGAUGUUUGGCCGGCUGGGCAACAUCGCGCAGGAUCUGUCGGAAAUCGCCAUGCCGGCUGCGGGCGAGCAGCGCAGGAGUCCUACAAGAGACUACGGCUACUCCCCAACCAAUGGGCGCGGCAAUGGCCAUGGCAAUGCAUACGAUAUGUCAGGUAUCCCUCCCAGCCUGGUCCCGGGAAUCCCAACAAACACCUCCCCAACGCGGCGACGCAACGACAGAUCUCCGCUCCUGUACGACGGCGCGGGCGUCUCCAAACGCCGCAAACCCUCGUAUCCCUCCGCGCGCCGCAUCUCGCCCACGCAAGCCAAGGGGCCACACGACAGCCCAAGCACGUACUAUGCCGAGGCCUCACAGGCAGCGACCCGGCAGAAACAAGCGGCCAGCCGCGCCUACAGGGACAUACGCGACGACAUCGAGCGCAUAAUCCAGACGGGCCGCCACUCACGUGAGGAAAUUAUGCGCAUGGCCAAGUUUGCCUUGCUGAACGAGAGAGACCAGAGGGACCUCUUAUGGCAGUAUGGUGACAAGCUGCAGGCCAGGGAGAACGCGCUGGAGGGUAAGAGGGAAGGCCGCAGGAAGAGGGAUGCCUGCGUGGUUAUGUGA